AUGCAGUUCUCUUCUCCUUGUCGAUCUCUCUUUCCCAAGCCAUGGCCACCAUUUUCUACAGCUAGCUUAUUCAAGCUACCACUGAUCUUCUUCUUGCUUUUUCUUCUUCCCUCUGCAAAUUCAGUUUCUUUCAACAUAUCUAGCUUUGAAUCCAACGCGUCCAACAUACUAUAUCAUGGAGAUGCUGGACCUUCUUUUGGAGCCAUUGAGUUAAACAAAGUCAAUUCUUUUUUCGGUGUUGGCUGGGCCACCUAUGUGGAGAGGGUUCCACUCUGGGACUCCAAUACUGGAAACCUCUCUGACUUCACAACUCAUUUCUCUUUCAUUAUUGACACCCUUGGGCGCUCUGAUUAUAGUGAUGGGCUUGCAUUUUUCUUGGCUCCUCCUGGGUUUGAAAUCCCACCGAAUUCAGGAGGUGGCUAUCUAGGCCUAUUCAACAGCACAACCAUUCAUUCAUCUCAUAACCAAAUUGUUGUGGUGGAGUUCGAUUCUCUCUCGAACAUUGAAUGGGAUCCUCCGUUUCAGCACGUGGGGAUUAACAGAAACUCAAUUACUUCUGCCACUUACAACUCUUGGAAUGCCAGCUUCCACAGUGGAGACACUGCUGAUGUAUGGAUCACCUACAAUGCUUCUACCAAGAAUUUGAGCGUCGCUUGGUCCUACGAAAGGACUUUUAAUUCUCAGGAGAAUUCUAGUCUUUCCCACCAUAUUGAUCUCUCAAAGUUUUUGCCUGAGUGGGUCACAAUUGGAUUUUCAGCUGCUUACGGUUUGAAUCCUGAACGACAUACACUUCUGUCAUGGGAAUUUAGCUCAAGCUUGGAUAUUAAAGAGACAGGUGGAAAGAAAGCAAAAAAUAUAAGAUUAAUCAUGGGUCUCACAGUUUCUGGUGGUGUUUUGAUAGCUGGAUCGAUUAUAGCAUUUGCAAUAUUAUUCUGCAGGCAUAAUCAAAAGAGAAGAGGAAUAGCAGAGGCAAUGAACUUGACAUCCAUAAACGAAGACCUACAAAGAGGAGCGGGACCAAGAAGGUUCUCUUAUAACGAGCUUGCUUCAGCUACUCACAACUUCUCAAAUGAGAGGAAGUUGGGUCAAGGAGGGUUUGGCGCGGUUUACAAAGGGUAUUUAACUGAUUUAGACACGCUAAUCGCUGUGAAGAAAAUCUCAAGAGGGUCUAAACAGGGGAAGAAAGAAUACAUCACUGAGGUGAAAAUCAUUAGCCGGCUGAGGCACCGGAAUCUUGUGCAACUCAUAGGAUGGUGCCAUGAUAGAGGUGAGUUCAUACUUGUUUACGAGUUUAUGCCAAAUGGUAGCCUUGAUGCUCACCUCUUUGGCAAGAGGAGCCCUCUCCCUUGGGCAGUGAGAUACAAGAUAACCCUUGGGUUGGCUUCUGCAUUGCUCUAUCUUCAUGAAGAGUGGGAGCAAUGUGUGGUGCACCGGGAUAUAAAAUCCAGCAAUGUCAUGCUAGACUCUAGUUUCACUGUAAAGCUUGGUGACUUUGGAUUAGCUCGGCUUAUGGAUCACGAGCUAGGUCCCCAAACAACCGGGUUGGCUGGAACAUUAGGAUACAUGGCUCCAGAAUACAUAAGCACAGGUAGAGCUAGUAAAGAAUCAGACGUGUAUAGCUUUGGGGUGGUUGUAUUAGAAAUUGUUACUGGAAGAAGGUCAGGUCAUCCUAUUGAUGUGGAUUCUGAUGUAGGGUUGGUCCAAUGGGUUUGGAAUCUUUAUGGGAGAGGAGAUCUUCUUUUGGCCAUGGAUGGGAAGCUGCAAAAUAAUGUUGAUGAAAAACAAGUCGAGUGCUUAAUGAUUGUUGGACUUUGGUGUGUUCACCCUGAUCGAAGUCUCAGGCCCUCCAUUAGGCAAGCAAUUCAUGUUCUUAAUUUUGAAUCUACAACACCAAAUCUUCCAACACAAAUGCCUGUUUCCAUGUAUCCUGUACCUGUAGCAUCAGCCAAUUCUGAAGCACCUUCGAUAACUACAAGCCUUCAAGGGGGUCGUUGA